AUGACCACGAAACUGAGCAGCCCAAAGUUGAAGGAAUCAAAAAUGGCGGUUGGGGUUGCUGUAAAAGUGUCCGUCGCCGGCUUACCUCUUGCCUUGGGGUCGACACCAAAGGCUUCCGGUCGCUAUCUAAGGGAAGAAUCCGCCAUUGCUAUGGAGGUAGAGAAAAUCCAAUCCGGCAUGGGGUUUCCGCAUUGGAACCCGAUUCUUCGCCGGUUCGUUCCUGAUGCUCCGUUCUUUGCAGCGGGCAACAUUGAAAGAGAACUCCUCGCUAAACAGGUUGCAUUGGAUUUGACGGAAGAAGAAAAACAGCAUAUUCGAAAUAUGGAAGAUGAGGAAAGCAGGGAAGUGUUUUGUUCAAUUGUUGGUUGUGGGGCACGUUUGAAAUCUUUGGACGAUUUUGAAGAUCAUUACCAUGCACGGCAUACUGCAUCUUGUUCAGUCUGCUCAAGAGUGUACCCUACAUCACACCUGCUCAGUAUACAUGUAUCUGAAGCCCACGAUUCUUUCUUUCAGGCAAAAGUUGCCCGUGGGUUUGCUAUGUACGAAUGCCUUGUUGAAGGCUGUGGUGUGAAGCUGAAGACUUACAAGAGCCGGCAGCAGCAUCUGGUUGACAAACAUAAAUUCCCAUCUUCAUUCGAGUUCUUCAAGAAGGUUCGACCGUCAAAGAAGCACAGGCAAAAAGUCCAGCGUAAACAAGCAUCGCACAAGACAGAGGAGGUUUCUACUGCAAUGCAAGUUGAGGAAGAAACUCUCGACAAUAUCAUCUCAGCAGUCUCUAAACUAAGCACUUCGGAUUCCCCUGCAUCCAUCAGCUUUGGCCAUCGACAUGCUCAUGGUUUUGCUUUUACUCCUCGUGCUGUUCAGCGAGAAAGAAGAUCAGAAUUCUCAGCUUCUCAAACAAGGGGAUAG